GGGGAAUGGGCUUUUGGUGGGAAUAGAGGGAGAUGGUGUUCUUACAAGCGAACCACGAUCAUCGUCUGCUCGAUCAAUGUCGCUGUUGCACUCUAUGUCCUUCACUCUCUCUUCAAUUCUCUCUACUUCUAUUCCUACAAUGAUUCCCAAGCUGGUUUCUUUCUACUCCUUUCUGCUUUUAGGUAUACCCCAGAUCAGAUUAGGAAAAUGGAAGAAUCUACCCGAAUAAGGAAGGAAUCAGAACCUAAGGAGCUUAUUAAACUGGUAAGCCAGUUAAAGAAGCAAUUUUUAACGGAAGAAAAGGCUGUGGAAAUACCCCAACCCUUGAAACUAAAGAUUACAGAUGAGAUACUGGCAAUUUUAAAAAGCUUGAAUGGCAACACAAAUGCCUCUGUGCAGAGAGAGGCGAUUGAAAGCUGGCGCAUGGUCAAGCUAAAAGAAGUCAAUCAAGUCAUUCUUGGGAGAGCACCAACAACAAAUAUUGCAUCAGAAGAAGCCAGUGUGCUAGCACGGGCUUUAGAUGCCGGUUGGGUUGAUUUGUUAGAGGAAAUUGGUCUCUGGAUCCCCGUUGAGGUCAUUCAUAUGGAGCAUAAUGAUAAACCCGAAGGGGAGGAGUUCGAAACUGAAAUUAUUGCUGGCAAGCGGCUUCCCCCCGAAUGCCAUCACGAGCUUCAUACAGACUAUGGUGGUGUUGCUGUCAGAUGGGGUCUUACGCACCAUAAAGAAUCUGCUUAUGAUUGUUGUAUGGCUUGUUUGGAUCAGUCCAGACGUGCUAAACCAGGUGACAAGAAAUGCAAUAUAUGGGUUUACUGCCCAUCAGAAACGGGAUGCUACUCCCCUGAUAUUUAUGAACACAAACACCAGGAGUGCUGGUUGAAAUAUUCAGAGAAACCAAGUUUGACCUUCAAGGACCGUUAUUCCGAGUCUUAUAGAAACGCUCAUCCAAAAGCUCCGUUAAUAGUUCCAUGGAUGGCGGGAGUGGUAAGCGUGUAAUUUGCGGAAGAUGCUAUGGAAGCGAAGCAUAUCUAUUGGCGAAGCUGCACAUAUUAUUAUCAUCACAAUAUGAAGAUUUUUGUAAAAUGCCCCACACGAUGAAGACAACUAACUUAAGAGGAUUUUGCAUCUGCAGCUGACAUGGUCCGUCACUUUUUUUGCUUUAGAUUUGGGGAUAGAUUAUUAAUUGGUGCAGGUUAGAUAUCUUCUUUCUCUUCCUAUAUUCAUGUUCCCCCAUCCUCUAUCUGGGGAUUGCUCUGGUUCUGAACAAAUGUAUUUGCGGGGAAAAAGGAAAAAGAUGAACAGAUGUCUGGACAUGCUGUUUAUUUUGAGUUAACUCAUGUACUCUGUAAUUGUGCCCAUUGGUUAAACAACAUAGGAAAUUCACUUAUCUUUAAUAAAAUUAUUCUACAAGAUGAAAGUAUUUUCUUACA